AGAUGUUACUCAGCCGGCGUUUACUUGUAGAAAUCCUACCGACGCUGUUUAUCCGUUGACAGACAAAAUUAAGGUUACAAUUCUUUUGAGGUCUUUAUACUUUUCCCAGUAUUGUCUACACAAAUAGGAUUAAUUUAAGAAUUAAAAAAUUCUUAAAACAGAGAAACUUGAGCCACUACGAAAAUGGCUUUACGUACAUAUGGUGAUAAGCCUAUAAGUUUUCAAGUUGAAGAAAAUGGAGAAUAUUAUUGUAUUGGCUCUGAAGUGGGCAAUUACUUGCGUUUGUUUCGUGGGUCGCUUUAUAAACGUUACCCUGGAAUGUUCAGAAGAUCUAUUACCAAUGAUGAACGUAAAAAACUAGUAGAACUUGGAUUGAGUCAGCAUGUACUGGCAUCGAGUGUAUCUCUUCUAAGAUCUAGUGAGGUAGAAGAUAUCAUUGAAGGAAAUGAUGACAAGUACAAAGCUGUCUCAGUUCAUUCUACUGAACCACCAGCACCAAGAGAAGGAAAGUCAAAGAAAUCGAUGGCUUGGGUACCCAGUUUACCUAACAGUUCACAUUUAGAUGCUGUGCCACAGGCUACUCCUAUAAAUAGAAAUAGGGUUCAUAAUAAGAAAGUCAGAACUUUCCCAUUAUGUUUCGAUGACACAGAUCCUUCUGCCAAUUUGGAAAAUGCUGCACAGCAAGAGAUGCUUGUACCAAUCCGUUUGGAUAUGGAGAUAGAAGGGCAGAAAUUACGUGAUACCUUCACUUGGAACAAAAAUGAGAGUCUUAUAACCCCGGAACAGUUUGCAGAAGUUCUCUGUGAUGAUUUAGACCUAAAUCCCUUAACAUUCGUCCCAGCGAUUGCACAAGCAAUUAGACAACAAAUAGAAGCAUUCCCCCAAGAGACAAUCCUGGAAGAUCAGUGUGAUCAACGCGUUAUAAUAAAGUUAAAUAUUCACGUGGGUAACACAUCUCUGGUAGAUCAAGUAGAAUGGGACAUGUCUGAAAAGGAGAACAAUCCUGAAAAAUUUGCCAUGAAGUUAUGUGCUGAACUUGGACUUGGGGGAGAAUUUGUCACAGCGAUAGCCUACAGCGUGCGUGGUCAGCUGUCCUGGCACCAGAGAACUUAUGCAUUCUCUGAAGCGCCAUUACCUACAGUUGAGGUUCCAUUCAGACCUCCCUCAGAAGCAGAUCAGUGGGCACCAUUCCUUGAGACCCUAACUGAUGCUGAAAUGGAGAAGAAAAUUCGUGAUCAGGAUCGCAACACUCGCCGUAUGCGACGAUUGGCAAAUACUACUCCAGGGUGGUAGAUCUCAGACUCAUGUCGGAUGUCAAUAAUUCGUCAAAGAUUGUUUUAAACGUUGAACUAAUACUGUUUACAUCUAGCUCGUAAGUUUUCUUCCGUCAGGAACCAGAAUACAUGAUAUCAAUUUGACGCUCCUUGAAGCGUUAUAAAUAAAUCAUGUUAAACUUGUACCAUCUGAA